GUUUUCGAAAGCGACAUCAUUUCAUUAUUCAGAAAGUUGUAAAAUGUGGCGGUUUAGAACAACGCGUGUCCAGGUGAUUUGGAGUCGGGCUUAUUCGAGCGACGCCAAGAUUCCCGCGACAUCACUCGCGACGCAGAACGUCGAGAAUCGACCUGCACCGGCGAUCGGGAUGACGCUGGGUGCAGUUCCUACGGCGAUUCCGAGAAAUCCGACGGCAACGCCUACGAAACCGUUGGUCGUCAAAGAGACCGUCGCGAAAACGGCCAAACCCGAUAUAAAAGCAAACCCAAAAGUGUGCUCGUUUGGCGAUAUUCCCGGACCAAUCAGUUUGCAAUUGAUUUCAAAGUUUUGGUCUCACGUUCCCGUCAUUAGCAGCACCUUUACAGCUGGCGCCUUGUUCCAAGUAAUGAACCUCGGCAAAUUUUUCGGUAACAUUUUGAGUUGGGGUGGGAACGCGAAGUUCUUUCAAAAGUUUUUCAACGUAUACGGACCGGUUGUGAGGUUGCACGGCCCAUUCGGCGGCGACGUAGUGCUCCUUUCCCGGCCCGAACACGCGAGCUUAGUAUUUCGUCACGAGGGUGACCAGCCAGUAAGAUCAUGCCUGGAUAGUGUUGAGAAGUACCGACUGGAGCAUCGCAAAAUGAGACAGGCCGGACCUUUCGUCAUGUCGGGUAUGGAAUGGGAACGACUACACAAGACACUGGAAAAGCCGAUGGCGGCGGAUGAGGCGGUCGCCCAUCACUUUGCCAACAUCGCGCAUAUCUGCGACGAAUUCGUCGACAGGGUGGGAGCGGUGCGCAAUUUGCAGGACGAGGUGCCCGGCGAUUUCAUGGCUGAGGUGCUCAAGUGGGCGCUUGAGUGCAUGUGCUCCGUAACGUUGAACCGCAAGUUCGGGUUCCUCGACCCGACCGGGCUGAGCCCGACUUCGGACCCCGGACGGCUAAUUGAAGCUGUCGGAGCAGCGACCGACGCGAUCCGUCGCUGCGAGUACGGUUUCCACGUGUGGAAAUUUAUGGAGACGCCCGCGUGGAAAUCACUGGUGAAAAACUGCGAUACGAUCGACGCCAUAUUGGGCAAAUACGUCGAGCAUGCGCAGUCUUAUCUAAAAGACACGAAAUUUAAAACGUCCAAUUACACGGUAAUCGAGAGUUUGCUUGCGAGGGACGACGUCCUUGUCGAGGACGUCAUGACGGUGCUGCUAGACAUGUUUCUGAUCGGCGCGAACGCACUCGCGCAUUCCGCCGCCUUCCUCCUCUAUCAUCUGGCGAAAAAUCCACGCUGUCAACGUAAACUCAUGCAGGAAAUCGAAAAACUGCCGCAGCAGGAGCCGCUGACCGCUAACGCGGUCCGUUCGAUGAAGUAUCUGCGCGCAUGCGCCCGCGAAAGUUUAAGGUUAAAACCGCCCAUACCGAUUUUGAACCGGGUGCUGAGCGAGGACGCGGUGAUACACAAAUAUUUCAUCCCGAAAGGCACUUACGUGCUGAUCGCGACCCAUUUGGCGAGUCUCAGAGACGAGUACUUUGAAGACGCGCUGAAGUUUAAUCCGGAACGGUGGUUCUCGCCCGAAGUGAGCCCCAUCGGAGACGAGAUUCAGAGGUUCGCUUCGUUACCCUUCGGUUACGGACCCAGGGGCUGCGUCGCCAAGGAAUUGGCCGAAAUCGAGAUCGGUCUCUUGGUAAUUAAAACCGUCAAGAGGUUUAAGGUGGCCUAUAAUUAUGGCGACGUGGAAAGUUCCAACGUUUUGCUUGCUUCGCCCGCCAAACCUCUGAAGUUUACGUUGGAGGACAGAGUUUGAGCAGCGGAGAGGUUCCGUUUGUAUUGUGACGCGUUUGAUAUCGUGAAUAAAUUUUUUUGAG